AUGUGCUUCAAACCAUGUGACAAACGACUUGAGGAGCUGGCAUGGCUGCGAUGCUCUCGUUGCGGCAACAUUGUCUGCCACUGGUCUUGUGUCGUGAAGAGAACGACAGUGAAGCAGAGGAAAUGGCUGGAAGCUUUCAUGCCGUAUAACGACGCUCCUCCUGUCCCAUGCCCCAACAUUCAUCUGGAGUCUGGGGAGCUUUGCUGCAAAGCGAUCGUCGGCUGCAUCCGAGAAGGAGGCAAGAGCUCAGUGAGAAAGUACGCCGACUGCAAGGCCAGGCAACAGGAGGAACAAGGAAUGGACAGCAACAUGUCCUCUCGUGUGCUGCUGUGCAGGGGGCUGGAAGAAGGAGUGGACUCGACGGCCUUGUCGGCUUUGUUCAGCGCGUACGGGGAGGUGGAAGACUGCAAGGUGCAGAACACGCCGGGAAAGAUGGACGAGAGCGAAGCUAUGCUCGUCUUUGCCGAUACUCUUUCGGCGAAGAGAGCUGUGGAGCAAGACAAGCUCCCGUUCAAGGUUGAGCUGCUGAGACAAGGAAAGAAGAAAUCAAGUCGUGAGCAUGGAAGACAUUUUAUCUCAGUGAAGGGAAUACCAAGCGAGGUUGAUGCUUCCACCAUUCGCAAUCACUUCGCGCACAUAGGGCGAGUGAGGCACGUGGAGUUGAAGCAGAGGCAUGCAGAGGUUUUCUUCGACGAGGACCAGCAGCUCUCAAGAAACGCGCUCCUCAUUCGCCACGUCAUUGAUGGAAGUCCGGUGACCAUCACAGCGAGCAAGGCCCUCCUCCGAUCCCUGGGAGGAUACGGCAGAGGAGAGGAGGAGGAAGAGGAGGCAGCCAAGACUAGAGUGAACAGCAAGCACGUGUGGAAGGCGAUGCAGGCAGCCAAUGUGUUCGACCCAUCAGUCUUUGAGGUGAAGGAGGAGGCGAAGAAGAGGGAGGAAGAGGAGGAGGAGGAGGAGCUGGACUUAGAACUUUACUGCGCCAUGAUUGAGUCCAAAUGUUCUCUCAACGAGCAUGGAGAUUUGAAUCUAGAUGAGGAAGCGCUGGCCAGGGCGCUAGAGGAGAGCGCAAGACUCAAGGAGGAGGAGGAGGCAAGCUACCGGGAGCUGAUAGAGCAGGCGAUCGAAGCGUCAACAACAAGGGGAAAGUUCACUGAAGGGAUGGAGGAGGAGGAGGAGCUACGAAGAGCACUGGAGGAGAGCGCACGGCUCAAGGAGGAGGAGGAGGCAAGCUACCGGGAGCAAGUCGAUAAGCUGUUGGAGGUAUCGAGAGCCGUGGAGGGAAGGGAAGAAAAGGGGACAGAGGUCGCAAUGGAGGAAGAGAAAGAGGGGGAGGGGGAGCUGCGAAGGGCGCUAGAGGAGAGCGCACGACUCAAGGAGGAGGAGGAGGCAAGCUACCGGAAGCUGAUAGAGCAGGCGAUCGAAGCGUCAACAACAGGGGGAAAGUUCACUGAAGGGAUGGAGGAGGAGGAGGAGCUACGAAGAGCACUGGAGGAGAGCGCACGGCUCAAGGAGGAGGAGGAGGCAAGCUACCGGGAGCAAGUCGAUAAGCUGUUAGAGGUAUCUAGGGCGGAAGCUGGUGGAGGAUGUGAACUAGAGGGAAGAGGAGGAGGAGGAGGGGAGGGGGAGGAGGAGCGAUGCAUGGUGGAAGGGCUGAUGGCUGAGCUGCGACUGGUGGGGAUGCAGGAGAUGGAAGAGGAACAAGUGAAGGCGCUGCUGCGAGCCAACAAGUUCAACUACGACGAGACCAUCAACGCCAUCCUGGACGCGCAGACAGACAAGUGA